UCGAUACGAGUUUUGAAAUUUUUGUUCGCCUGACAGCGAUACUGUCGUCGUUUUAGUACAAUUUACGUUCGUAUGGUAGAGAGGCGGUUGAAUGUAGGAUGGUUGUAUUGUAUUAUCGAAGCAGCCAUUUCGUCGAGUAAGAUGUCCGAAGUGAGCGUAUUUAGAACGUUUUGAUUUGAUUACAGCUGUUUAAAGACUGGUUUGAUUUGAUAUUUGCUGAAAAUAAAGAUGAUUCAACAACCGAUGUAUCAAGAUCUCUCUGAAAACCCAGAAUUUCAACAGCAAAUGAUGCUUUGCCCGGUGCGAGUGGUGUACGACACACAGAUGUUUCUCCCUCCUGGAGAACAAGUCCAACAAAAUCAGUAUGUCAUCAACCCACAAAACCCACCACCCUGGAUACAAAAUCAAGUACAAAACCAAGUAAUAUACGUGCAAAAUGUGCCAAACAGUUACAUGCAAGCAUUUCAACCGCAAAUAGAUCAAAAUCAAUUUCAGACUUACGGGUACAACAUGCCGCAGAUGCUAGUUCAAACUCCCCAGGAUCCACGAUCGAUACAGAUGAUUCCUGCAAACUUGAUGCCAAAUAUGACCAUGAAUCAGAGAGUGGUAACGCAAAAUAUAACAAUGCCAAAUCAAGUUAUAAUGCCUGAGGUACAAAACCAAACUGUUCAGAUGGAGAAACCAAUACAAAAUAAUCAAGUGACAAACAAUAAUCAAAUAAAUAAACCUCAUGAAGUAUCAGCCCAAUUCAACCAACAUAUAUCUACUUAUCAAGCAGAUCCGAAACAAAACAACGUAACAAUCCAACAAUCACAACCGGUUUUAUCAAAUAUUCAACAGAGGUUACCGCAGCUCGAUUCCAACAACAUACAAAUAAGACAGGUCCAUCCACAAGCUAUCAAUACAAAUGUCCAACAAAACUAUCAAACGAUUGUAGCACAAAAAGCAAACGUACAACAGAACUAUCAGACUGUCAUGGCACAAAAAGCCCCUGCUCAGCAAAAUUUUCAAAUUAUAACUCAGAGGAGCCCAACAAACACACAACAAAAUUACCAAAACUUUGUGCCACAGAGAUUCCCUACGAACGCUCAACCCAACAUUCAAUCGAUCGUAGCGCAAAAGGUACCGCCUAUAAACAAAACAAAUUAUCAAGUGGUUAGUGGAACUGGACAACCAAUUUAUAGAGCAAUACAACCAAGACCCAACCAAAUUAACACUAACACUCAAACUGUUCAACAGCUGCCACCCCAGAAUAUUGUAUAUAUGAACAACAUUAGAAGAAGUAACAUGAGCACAAAUACAGUUAAUGUACCGAGUGCUAAUACCAACUAUGUGAAAAUUGAUAACACAAGAAAAAGAAAAAGCGAAUCUCCUGAUGAAAUUCGUAACAAAGUAGUAAUAUCAAACCAAAAUAAUAUUAUUAUUAAACAAGAACCACCACCGAGGCCGGCAAUAGAAAUUAUUUCGAAUCCUACAGGUGCACCGAGACCGGAAAAUAAAAUGGUUGUGAAUAGCUUACAAAUAACGGCACUGGAUACACAAAAUGUAAAAAUUAAAGAGGAAUUAGCAAAACCAGUUAGAAAUAUAUCAUUGAUAGAACCGAAACAAAUGAUAAGAAAUAAAAUGAUCAACAACGUUGAGGCAAUUCAAAAUUUAUCGAAUACAAACGUACAAGACAAAUUAAUUAGGAAUACUGUUUAUACCCAAGCCAGGGGUAGAUUAAUUACUGAGACGGAACAACCAGAGCCAGAAAUAUUAAAAAGUCUGUUACAACCAAGUGUAACUCAAAGCGAAACUACUGUAACUCAAAGUGAUAGCAAACCUAAUACAAGUUCUGCACAAAACGAUAAUGUUAAUGAGAAGCUAAGUGAGGAAAAGACUGAGGUAUCAAAUAAGGAUAGUGAGGUAAAAAAAGACGUCCAAGAUGCCAAGGAAGUAAAGACUGAAUGCUUAACUAACAAAGAAACGAAAGAUGAAAAAAGCUUUUUACUUACCCAUGUACUUGAUGGUUACGUUAUACAAGAGUCGAAUAUGGCGUUUCCGAUUCGUAGGCCGCUGAAAGAAAAGACUAUGCGAGUGAGCACUGAUGCUAUAAAGCCAAAGACGGAACCAGAACCGGAGUUCGAACCAAAAGAAAAGAAAGGGGAGAGUGAAAGACUAUUGGAUAUGUCCCAGCUUCAGUUAAAGGAAGAGAAAUUUGUUGAACCUAUUAUUGAAGAACCUCUCAAUGACAAAGAAAAUCCAUUUGCGAGUGUUAGCCCAGAUAAUGUAAAAGCAUGGAGUGUAGAUAAACUGGUAGAUCAUCUAAAACCAUUCGGUUGGGAGGAAACAACACUGCUAUUGCAGGACCACGAAAUUGACGGAGAAUCACUUUUCCUCGUGUCCAAAACACAGCUCACGAAGAUAGGAAUAAGUGAAGAACAUGCAACCAUAAUUUGUGAUUUUGUUAAAAAAUCAUAAGUGUGAUAAUAUUUGUCAGUGUGGUGAAUAUAUUAGAUGUUGUUCGUUGUUUUAACGUAUAUGACUUUUAUGACCGUUAAUUUUAAUUUAAAAUAGUGAUCUCAAGUGUCGCGUACUUACAGCAGGCAUUUAAUUAAGAUCAGUAGUCAAAUAUUUUUUAAGUAUUUAAGUUUAUUGAAGCCCUGUGUUGGACAAAAGUGCUUGAUCUUCACUUAAAUUACGUUGAAGAAAUCUAAUGCUAGAGUUCCUUUGAGCUCGUAUGAUUUUAAUGACG